AAACUUGGAUUCCUCUCGACCAUCUCAUAAGCGAUAACAUCCGAGCCUCUUUCACAUUUCUUCUGGUUCCACUUGAAGGUUUCUGAUUCAAUAAGACAAAAUAAAAACAAGAGAAACAAGGAAGAAGAAAUAAAGAAAGAAUGCUGAGAAGCAUUGGGAGAGGAUGGAGAGAUCUGAGCGGUGAAAGCAAUUGGAAAGGGCUGCUGCAGCCGUUGGAUCAAGAUCUCCGGCAAUACAUCAUUCACUACGGGGAGAUGGCUCAGGCAACCUACGACACUUUCAACUCCAACACCAAAUCCAAAUACGCCGGUUCCAGCAUUUACUCCCGACAAGAUUUCUUCUCCAAAGUGGGUCUGGAGAAGAACAAUCCCUACUCCAAGUACCAAGUGACCAAGUUCCUGUACGCCACGUCACAGAUCGAGGUUCCUGAUUCGUUCUUGGUCUUUCCCGUGUCACGUGAAGGGCGGACCAAGGAGUCGAACUGGAUGGGGUACGUGGCCGUCACGACGGACGAGGGGACCGAGCUGUUAGGUCGGAGAGAUAUCGUGGUUGCUUGGAGAGGUUCGAUCCAGACAUUGGAAUGGAUUAAUGAUUUCCACUUCGUUUUGGUUGACGCUAAGAACAUUUUCGGGGAAAAGAGCAAGGGGGUUCAGGUCCAUCAAGGCUGGUAUUCGAUAUACACCUCUUCAGACGAACGUUCACCUUUCAACAAAUCCAGUGCAAGAGACCAGGUAUUGCAAGAGGUAAGGAGACUGGUGGAGAAGUACAAAGACGAGGAAAUCAGCAUUACCGUAUGCGGUCAUAGCCUUGGGGCAGCCCUUGCGACACUCAAUGCAGCAGAUAUCGUGGCCAAUGGAUACAACGCAACACAGAAUCGGCCGGACAAGCCAUGCCUUGUAACAGCCUUCGUUUUCGCUAGUCCUCGUGUUGGAAAUCCCGACUUCAAGAAAUUGUUCUCAGGAUACAAAAGUUUACGAGGGUUACGUGUAAGGAAUCUGCCAGACAUUGUCCCGACCUAUCCACCGUUAGGAUACUCUGAUGUCGGGGAAGAGUUAACGAUCGAUACCCGGAAAUCUCCGUACCUGAAAACUCCGGGAGACCUUGUAUCGUUUCACAAUCUGGAGGCGAACUUGCAUGGAGUUGCUGGGACUCAAGGCACUACGACGAAAGAGUUCAAGCUCCAGGUAAAACGUGACAUAUCUUUGAUCAACAAAUCCAUUGAUGCAUUGAAAGAUGAAUAUAUGGUUCCUGGUUCUUGGAGGGUUCUCAAGAACAAGGGCAUGGUCCAGCAAGAUGACGGUUCUUGGAAAUUGAUGGAUCAUGAGAUGGAUGGUGAAGAUGUUCAUGAACCUUGCUUGUAUUUUGUUCUCGAAACUUGAUUUUUUUUUAUGAUUCCAAAUUGUUGUCUUAACUGGUGUUAGCAUUAUCGUGUAUUCAUUCGAUCACUGAAAAUUUUACUUGUUGUAAAAUAUUGUUAUAUUUUCUAUUAUUUGAAUAUUUAGUUUGAUGAA